AUGGCCGAUGAUCACAAUGAAGUAGAAGAUAUAACAUCAAUUUGCAAUGCACUUGUUCUCAACAUUGGCACACUGAAUGAAAGAACAAUUCAAUCAAUGAUUAAAGCUGGCAGAAAGGCAAAUGCCUUAAGACACAUUGUAGUUCUUGAUCCGGUCGGAGCUGGUGCUUCUAAUCUACGUACAGAAACCACUUAUAAGUUAUUAAAUGAAAUCCAAUUUUCUGUUAUUCGUGGAAAUAUUUCUGAAAUUAAAACAGUUGCAUUGGGAAGUGGAACGACGCAAGGUGUCGAUGCAGAUGCUAGUGACACCGUAACAGAAGAAAAUUUAUCCGAAUCAAUUCAAUUCAUUAAAACGUUAAGUAAAAAACUUAAAGCUGUGAUUGUAAUUACUGGUGCAAUCGAUAUUGUGGCAAACGAAGAUUAUGCCUAUGUUAUUCGAAAUGGAAACGCAAUGAUGUCUAAGGUAGUUGGAACGGGGUGCAUGUUAUCCUCAUUGAUUGGUGCAUUUUGUAGUGCAAAUGAGGAUAAAAUAUUAGAAGCAGCUGCAACGGCUGUGUCUUUAAUGGGAUUAGCUGGUGAAAUUGCUUAUGAAAGACUGAAGAAAGUUGAUGAUGGUGCAGGACUGGGUACUUAUCGUACGUUUCUUAUUGAUGCGAUUAGCAAUAUGAAUUGGGAAGUAUUAAAGAAUGGAAUGAAAAUUGAGCAAAGAUAA